ACUGGAAUCCUCAGGAGGGGAGGUGCCUGUGUAUUUAGAGCCCUCAAAUGUGGCUCUGGGCAGGACAGCCCUGGUUCCAUCUAGUCGGGGGUUGCAAAACCAUCCUGGGGAGCUGUCAAUCACCCCCUCAUCUCAUCCUGCCACUCUGCGGGGUCUGGAUUACACUUGGGGCUUAGUCUUUUGACCUGAGAGAUUACCAUCUGCUUAAAAUCUUACCAGUGUGAACAAUGGCUACUUCCUGCCCAGCACUCCCAGAGUCCUUCACUCCUGGGCCAGAUGGUGUAUAUACAGACCGCCUGGGCUUCUACUCCUUGGACUCCAACGUUCCUGGCCUGUCAAAGGUUAUCCUCAACAAGCUCAACAUGAAUGACUAUGGUGACUACAGGGCUGCCCUGCAGGGGAAGACAAAGGGCAUUGGCUUCCGGUCCCACAAGGAGAUGUUCCAGAAGAUGGAGGACACGUUCAAGUUCUGCGCCGCCUGCAAGAAGCUGUCCGGCCACCUCUCGGAGGGCCAAGCUCUCAAGCGCUGCGUUAAGUGUCUGAAUGUAUAUUACUGCAGUAAGGAGUGCCAGAAGGAGGACUGGCCACAGCACAAAAAGUUCUGCAAAACGUUGCGCUUGGUGGCCAUCGACCGGCUGGUGGAAUGGCUGGUGUUUAUGGGAGAUCUCCCCUUCCCCACAGAGCAGUGGUCACAGCCUGCAGGCAGUGUGAAGGGCUGGGAAGACUGGCUGUCCAUCCAGGGAGACCUGAGCCCCCGCCUGGAUGCCAUCUUGUCUGGGCGUGGCAUGAGAGAUCUGUGGACCAACGCUGGCAGGCCCAGCCCAGAGGGGGGCGACCUUCGGGAGUCAGUUUGGCGGGUGACGAGCGAGUUCCUCUCCCGCCCGCUUACUUUGGGCCUGGGACUGCGCCUCUUCGGCCUGGACCCUUACGCCCGGCCCCUCACCAUCCACCUGGCUGGGGCCUCCCACAGCGAGACCAUGGGGGCCCGGCUCACGGACAUGGAUGAACUGAACCGCAUGUUCCCUGGUCACCAGGGUUUGGAGGUGGUGAUGGUGGGACCUGAGGUAGUGGAGGGGCCCAUUAUGAGACCUCCGUUGAGGGACUUUGGGCCUCGUGGGAGAGUUUACAUCAGUGCCUACAAGGGACUCUAUCACCAGUUCUGGGAAGAUGUCAUAGAGAAACAGGAGGCAGCCAAGCCUGACCUGGUAGUGGGAUUCCAUCCAGGGUUUCAUGCCACCCAGGGUCUGGGAGAAGGCUGGCUCCCUACUCUGCUGCUCCUGCGAGACUACGACAUCCCUUCACUCUUUACCAUGUUCAAUGAGCAGGAGCUGAACUACUCCCUGCAGAUCCUUGCAGAGCUGGAAAUGGACAUCAGGGGCAGUGGACAAAACCCAUUUGCCUCCCUGAAGCCAGAACAGGUGCAGUCGUGUCCAAACAAGGCUCCAGUCUACUGCAACUCCCACUACCUCUGCUUCAUGGGUCUGCUUGAACAGGGGCAGGAGCAGGAGGAAGAAGAUUAGGACUUAUUCCAAAGCCAACCAGUUUAUUGAUACAACCGAACAGAAGUAUCUACAUUUACAGUUACAUUAAUGGUAGUCCACAGGGUUGUCUGGUCAAAAGAAGAAUCUCAUUUAAUUUGCUAAAUGAGUAAUUGCGUUUUUUUUUUGAGACUUGCUUUGAGUUUGUCAAAGAAAUCUCCUGGUAAACACCUCCAAAGUUGUUAUAAAAUGAUUGCAUUUUCUGCUUCUCUCAAUCCAAGUAAUUCCAAAGCCAUUUGUUAAUGUUGAGGUCUGGACUCUGGGGUGUCCAGGCCAUUGUUCUGAGAACACCAGCUGCUUGAUCUUCUUAGCAGUGUGCUUGAGGUUAUUAUCUUGCUGUAGAAUGAAUUUGCUUCCAAUCAAAUAUUGUCCACAAGGCAUUGCAUGAUAUGUUAAGAUUUAUUUGAUUUACCGGCAUCCAUGAUGCCUUCAAUCACCAACUCCAGGUGGUGUUAUACAACCCCAAAUUUGCACUUGCAUCCUCCGCCAUGCUUGACGGUGGUUGUAGACCUGGUUGACGGUUGGGGAGCGUAUCUAUGUUCCCAGGGUCCUAGGACCUUGGGAACAUAGGACCUUGGGAGAGCACAUAUGUAGAGCUGGGGAACAUAGGACCCUGGGAACAUAGGACCCUUUGUCAUGUUCCCAUCAUGUGCCAUAUAAAUCUAGGGAACAUAGGACCCUGGGAACAUAGGAAUGACCUACGGUUGUGGACCUGGUUCUGAGAGUCUUUCAUUGCUUUGGCGGCAUACAUACUGCCUUCUAUAGCCGCGUUUCCACCGCAGGAACUAUACCCCGGAACUAGGAACCUUUUGAGGAACUCAGUGCGUUUCCACCGCAGGAACUAGGGUCUAAAUUUAGUUCUGGGGGCUUUGUUUUACCCCCCAAAACGUUCCUGCUCGGGGGGUAGUACUUUCCGAAAGUACAGGAACCUUUUGGGUGGAGCUUGCAGCGCUGAACAUUUCUGAUUGGUCGAGUACUCGUAGCAUUUGUGUUGUAUUUAUUUUCCGCCAUUACCCGCCAUGUUUGAAAAUAUGCAGCGGCAAACCAAUUUAUUUUCA